AUGUUGUGGUGCGCCCAAUGUGAGCACGGGAAAUUCCCAGAUAUGUGCACAUUGCGCAUCCACUUUUCAUCGAUCCUGCACCGUGGCUUCCAGGCUUUCCGAGAGCCACUCGAGGUGCGGUUUCCUGCGGAUGCUGAUGUGCCACCAGGACAUUCUGCACCUGCGAUUGAGAAUGUCCCCAUCUUCCAAGUGAAGCUGGUGGACGGCUUCACGAAGAGCUUGUGUGUGCAGACGAUUUUCGCAAUGAUACACCAUAUGGGUAUCACUGCAGAUGAAAUCUCUGGAGAUGCAGACUUCGCAAACUGCCUUGCAUCUUGCAAGUACUUGAAGGGCAAUUUCACAUACCAUGAACGGCCGGAGAUGUAUCUCUUCGAGUCUCUGGCUCUGUGCCAGAGGACCUCGGAGAAGCAGAGUGCCUCAGCCCUCGAUCUUGCAAGUGCUUUUGCGGAAGCUGUGCGCAUCAAGCGUGCUGUGCUGGGCCAGAAAUCACUGCGAGAUGUGCUUGGACUGUGUGUGUCGGAGUACAACAAGGCCGUGGGCCGGGACCACAAAGUCAAGCAGGAGACGCAGAAGAUUAUUUACAAUGUUCUGCGAUGCCCGUUGGAAAUGCGGGAGAUCUUGGCCCAGGUGUAUGGUGAGUACCGCCACUACAAUGCAGGCAGUGCACUAGUGUGCAUGUGUAGACUUACAGCGUGGCUUUCAGCUUCAUGGACUAUGUGUUGUUAUCUAUCACAUGCAGUCUCAGUCCCCAUCUCUCUCUCUCUCUCUUUAUUUUUUUUCUCUCUCUCUCUCUCUCUCUAUCUCUCUCCAGCUCCAUCUCUGUAUUCAGUGCAAGUCUUGCACCGGCCAGCGCUGACUCUCGAGAAUCUGGCGGGUGACUUCUAUGUGCCGGGCACGAACCUGGGGAAAGGCCAGGGCGGCAAGUGGCCUGAAAUCUUGGAAGCUUGGCUCCCAUCCACGAACAAUCACGAACUUAAUACCAUGCUGUAG